AUGCGAUGGGCGUCUCUGCAAGAUGCCGUAUCCAUGACACUGACGUCUAUUCAUUGCAAUGGAAGACGUAACAGGGAUUGCCUUGUGGAGCGUGUGGGAGCCAUUUGUGCUGGUGGCUUCGUGGUAUUUUUACCCACUCUGUCAGGAGCUGCGCUGCUGCGUAUUCCCAUACAGUCUGAGCGAGUUGCGUUCGAUGCGAGCGCAUAUUCACAUCACCAUCCCAAGUGUGCUCGGCAAGAGUGGCUGCAGUAG